AUGUCUCCUCCCUUAGCAUCGCGCGGAACGGCGCACAUGGCCACAACUACGCUCAAGGUCGAAGGCAUGACCUGUGGCGCAUGUACAUCUGCCAUCGACUCGGGCUUCAAAGGUGUCAAAGGAGUCGGAAAAGUAUCAAUAAGCCUGGUAAUGGAGCGGGCGGUAGUCCAACAUGACCCGGAAAUCAUCUCCGCCAACGAGGUCAGGGAAAUCAUCGAAGACAGAGGUUUUGACGCCGAGAUCCUCUCUAGCGAUCUUCCCAUGGGCCAAGAGAUCGAUGACCAUUUCCUAAGCGACUCAGAGGAGGAAGAAGACGAAAUGGACAGCAACAUAUUGACUACUACACUCUCUGUAGGGGGCAUGACUUGCGGUGCCUGUACAUCUGCCGUCGAGGGUGCCUUCAAGGACGUGGCAGGCAUCCAUUCCUUUAGCAUAUCUUUACUCUCCGAACGCGCUGUAAUCCAACACGACAACACAAUCAUCAAUGCGGCAAAACUUGCUGAAACAAUCGAGGAUGUAGGCUUCGAUGCCGAGGUCUUGGAUAGCGUAGCCGCUACACCGGCAGCAAAGAAGAACAAAAAGGCAAAGAAACAAAGGACGCUGAUCACCACAGUUGCUGUCGAGGGCAUGACCUGUGGCGCAUGCACUUCGGCUAUUGAGAGCGGAUUCGUGGACUUGGAUGGUGUCUUUCAGUUCAACAUCAGCUUGCUUGCGAACCGCGCCGUCAUUGUCCACAACCCCGCCAAACUGACCGAGGACCAAAUCGUGGAGAUUAUUGAAGACCGUGGAUUCGAUGCCAAGCUCGUCUCUUCAGUGGACGGCAGUCUGCAGGAGUCAUCGGCGAACAACGGGCCAGUACAACUCAAGAUCUUUGGACUCUCCAACCCGAGUGCAGCCGAGGAUCUCCAAGGCCUUUUGCGGAAACAUCAAGGCGUUACAUCGGCGACUGUAAACUUCAGCACAUCUCGCGUCACAGUCCAGCGUGAGCCACAAGUCAUUGGUCUACGAGCCAUUGUUGAACUCAUUGAAGCGGCCGGAUACAGUGUAUUGGUCGCUGAUUCCGACGACAACAGUGCUCAGCUUGAGUCUCUUGCGAAAACAAAGGAGAUCCAGGAAUGGAGACACGCUGUCAUAUUUACGGCUUGUUUCGCCGUCCCGGUCUUCCUUACCAGCAUGUUCAUUCCUUUUUGUCUCCCCUUUCUCAACUACGGCGCCAUUCGUAUUAUACCCGGUCUCUAUGUCCGAGAUGUCCUCUGUCUGGUCCUCACAAUCCCCGUUCAAUUCGGCAUCGGCAGACGGUUCUAUACCUCCGCAUACAAAUCACUUAGCCAUGGUUCUCCCACUAUGGAUGUCCUCGUCGUACUUGGAACAUCCGCCGCCUUCUUCUUCAGCGUUGCAUCCAUGCUUGUAUCGCUGUUUGUUGAGCCUCAUACCAAACCGACUACCUUAUUCGACACCAGCACCAUGCUGAUCACUUUCAUUAGCUUGGGCCGAUACCUUGAGAAUAGAGCAAAGGGUCAGACGUCAAAGGCACUUUCUAGACUCAUGUCUCUGGCUCCACCCAUGGCAACCAUCUAUGCAGACCCAAUUGCUGCCGCCAAGGCUGCCGAAGACUGGGAUGUUGAGGACGCAAAGCUGGAUCGCAUGUCUGUCGAUGGCAAUGCUGCGGAAGAGCGCGUCAUUCCCACAGAGUUAAUCGAUGUUGGAGAUGUGGUCAUCUUACGUCCUGGUGACAAGAUUCCGGCCGACGGUACGGUGACGCGCGGCGAAUCCUAUCUCGAUGAGAGCAUGGUCACUGGUGAGGCGAUGCCUAUUCUGAAGAAAAAAGGAGCGCUCCUCAUGGCUGGAACGGUCAACGGAAAUGGCCGUUUGGAAUUCGUGGUCACAAGGGCUGGCCGCGAUACUCAGCUCAGCCAGAUUGUUCGCCUUGUUCAGGAAGCUCAGACUAGUCGAGCGCCUAUUCAGCGUCUUGCCGAUGUAGUCGCCGGCUACUUCGUUCCGAUUAUCAUCACUCUUGGAUUGGCCACCUUCGUCGGCUGGAUGGUGCUUAGCCAUGUACUUCCCUAUCCGCCAAAGGCCUUUGAAGGGCACGCCAGUGGCGGUAAAACGAUGGUCUGCGUCAAGCUUUGCAUCGCUGUUAUCGUCUUCGCUUGCCCCUGUGCCCUUGGCCUUGCUACACCUACCGCUGUCAUGGUUGGCACUGGAGUUGGCGCUGAGCAAGGAAUCUUGGUCAAGGGUGGCACAGCUCUCGAGACAGCCACGAAAAUAACACACGUCAUCUUUGACAAGACUGGGACGCUGACGGUUGGUAAGAUGAGUGUGUCCAAGGCCGACAUCCAGGGCGAAUGGGCGAGUGCGGAGAAGAAGAAUCUUUGGUGGACAUUAAUCGGACUGGCCGAGAUGGGCUCUGAGCACCCAAUUGCCAGAGCUAUCGUUCUUGCUGCCAAAGAGCAUCUGCGACUUGGGCCUGACGGUGUUCUUGACGGGUCUGUCGGAGACUUCGAGGCCAUCGUCGGCAAGGGUAUUAGCGCGACUGUCGAGGCUGCCAUUUCCCAAGAGCGCAUACGCUACAAAGUUCUCAUUGGCAAUGCUGCCUUCCUGACCUCUCAGGAUGUCAACAUUCCUGACUUCUCAGACGAGCCUCAGACCACAGGUACUGCCAAUCCACAUGGGCCGCAAUCCCGCUCUGCAGGUAUCACGACUAUCCAUACUGCUAUCGGCACGACAUACACGGGCACGCUAAGUCUGUCUGACACUAUCAAACCCUCAGCUCGCGCAGCCGUCUUGGCUCUCUCGCGUCUGGGUAUCACAUCUUCCAUUGUAACAGGCGACACAUCAGCAUCUGCUUUGAUCGUAGCAGCGGCAGUUGGCAUCGAUCAAAGUGAUGUUCACGCUUCAUCGACACCGGCUGACAAGAAAGCUAUCGUGGAAGACCUACGGUCGCGUGGUCAAGUCGUCGGCAUGGUGGGAGAUGGUAUCAAUGACAGUCCGGCCCUGGCAUCCGCUGACAUUGGUAUCGCGCUGUCUACGGGUACUGACGUAGCCAUGGAGGCCGCUUCCAUCGUCCUCAUGACCAAUACCGAUCUUCUGGCCAUCCCCGCGAGUCUCGUGCUCAGCCGUGCCAUUUUCUGGCGAAUAAAACUCAACCUUGCGUGGGCAUGCAUGUACAACUUCAUUGGGCUCCCGUUCGCCAUGGGUUUCUUCCUCCCAUGGGGCUUAUCACUCCAUCCCAUGGCCGCUGGUGCUGCCAUGGCAUGUUCCUCUGUCUCUGUCGUUGCUAGCUCGCUGCACCUCAAGUUUUGGCGUCGCCCGAGUUGGAUGAAAGUUGCGGUGUUGGACCCUGGAGCGUCUGUUUCCGAGCUUGAAGCCGAACAAGAGAAACAGACUCGCAAGGGUGCGUUUGCCUCAGCGCGGGAUUGGAUGAGAGAUGCAAUGUCUGCAUGGGGAAGAAAUAAGGAAGAGGCAGGCUACAUCCCGCUCAAGGAUCUCGGCGACUAA